UAAUAUGGUCCCACCAUGUUCGAUCCAACGAAAACCCGAAACCGGUGGAAGCCGCUCGUCCGGACUCAAUGCAGUUCAUCACGAGUCCGAGUGGAUAUAGCAGAGAAAGUGAGAACCGAUGAGGAGAGGGAUGGAGGGACGGAAGACCAACACGUUUCUAACUUCUGUUGCCUAAUUCAGCAUCAACUCGUCUGUCGAGGAGGAGGGGUGGUAGUGGAGGGAGAUAGCGUUGAAAGAAAGAUGCAUGCCCAACACCAGAGUCUCCUCUUCCGAGGAGGGUCGAGAGAUUUCCGCCCGCCAUUCUCCAAACCCAGCCAGCAACAUCAGUUGGCGUUAUUCUUCCCGUGGAAGACGUCGUCGUCGCCCUUCAUGUGCGUGGCUAACGGCAACUCGCGAGGAGGGGGGAGAGGCAGAGGCCGCAGGGGGACACCAACCCUCAAACUCAGGGGUAAGGACAACGUAUGGAGCGUCGAUAAUGCGCUUGCAGGACGGGAGGGGAAGAAGAACACGGACUCGCACCAGAGAAGGAGGGUCAAGAGGUUUCGGAAGAAGGGAAAGAACUCCAGAGUCAUGGUGUCCGAUUCGAUGCUAGUGGAAGUCGAAACCGUUCUGCAGACGCAGGAGCCCGUUAUAAGACCAUUAUGGGAUACAUUUCUUAGCAGCGUUAGCGGCAUAUGGAAAGGAGUUGGUGCAGUAUUCUCACCAAUUACUGCUUGCAUGGAGCCUGUUGGAAUUGAUAACAAAAAUGAGAACCUAUAUGACUGCUAUACCCUUUCAUUCCUUGAGAAGGUUCCAUCUUCUGAUGGUACUAAUCAUCUCCAGAGAAAAAUAAAAUGGGCGACUUUGAAUCCUUAUGGUGAGAUGCAUCAGAAAAAGGAAGCUUCAUCAACAAAUUUAAAUGGCUCUUUACAUGAACGCGGUGGUUAUGAUUCCAUUAAUAAAAAUCAAAGGAUACCUAGCUUUGAGUCUUUUGAUCUUACAAACGGUGAGGUUAUGGAAGAAGAUCUUAUGCCCAUGGAGCCGGGGCUUGUUUUCUUUGAGGAUGGAUCCUACUCUAGAGGACCAGUGGAGAUACCGGUUGGAGCAGCUGAUGAUUCAACAUAUUUUCUCUCUCCAACUUUCAGAUUUGAACAAUGUCUGGUGAAGGGAUGUCACAAGAGGCUACGCAUUGUGCACACCAUAGAAUUCAAGGAUGGUGGCUCAGAUAUACAAAUAAUCAGGGUUGCUCUAUAUGAAGAACAGUGGGUUUGUCCAACCAAUGUGCAAGAUGAAAGUGACGUUGAAUUCGACUUGAAGCCAUUCUCUCAGUGCAAGCGUAUUCAACCAUCAGAUCUUGCUGGAUCAUGGAAGGUCUUUGAAACGAGUGCUACUGUCAUAUAUGAGGAGUCAACUAGUGAAGCAAAAUCAGCUGCAGAAGUAGGCCGGCCACCGUACGUGUAUCUUUGCAUGGAAACCUUGAAGAAGAGGAGUCUGCCAGAGAAUCCCAUCUAUUUUGGUGAGGAGGAGCUACUGGACAUGGAAGAAGUGACCAUUCUCUGGUUACCAGGAGGUGUUACAGGCUAUGUGGAUGUGAAGGAUGGGAUUCUUUGUAUUGGUGUUGGUUGGUAUUCUGAUGAAGGCAUUAAUCUUGUCAUGGAAAGGGAUUAUGGAGUUGAUGGGAAGCUAAAAGAAGUCCGUUGGAAGACCGAGUUAAAGAGAAGGUGGUCUGACCCCGCCCCUUUGUAAUUAUAUGUUAUGUCUGUCUGGUUUUAGUUUAUACCUUCUCGCCGUUGCUUUCCUUCUCUGUAAACAUUACAAUCAGAUGGAAGCAAAUGAAUGAAGAAAAUGGGGGAAAAAAUGGAAAGCGAAAGGUAUCUGGCCCAAGAUCAAGUCCAGAAUU